GGAAGGCGCGCCCGCCUCCGUGGGGCUGUGCGCUCCGGGAUGGAGAAGACGGCGAGCUGCUGCUGGGGUGUCGGCACCCCUGGACGCCGGCCGUGGCGGGAGUCUCAGGAGCCAUGUUGUCGGAAACCCUGCUGGUAUCUGCUCCGGGGAAAAUCAUCCUCCAUGGAGAACAUGCUGUGGUCCAUGGCAAGGUAGCCCUGGCGGUGGCCUUGAACCUGAGAACAUUUCUACUGCUUCGACCACAGAACAAUGGGAAAGUGAGCCUCAGUUUACCGAACAUUGGUAUUAAGAAGGUCUGGGAUGUAGCCGGGCUUCAGCUGCUGGACACAAGCUUUCUUGAGCAAGGUGAUGUCCCGGCACCCACCCCAGAGCAACUGGAGAAGCUGAAGAAGGUGGCGGGCCUCCCCGAGGACUGUGUCGGCACCGAGGGCCUGGCAGUCCUGGCCUUCCUGUACCUGUACCUGGCCAUCUGCCGGAAGCAGAGGGCACUCCCGAGCCUGGACAUCGUGGUGUGGUCGGAACUGCCCACCGGGGCAGGCUUGGGCUCCAGCGCCGCCUACUCGGUGUGUUUGGUGGCUGCGCUCCUGACCGCCUGCGAGGAGGUCACCAACCCGCUCAAGGACAGGGGUGCCGUCAGCAGGUGGCCCGAGGAGGACCUGGAGUCGAUCAACAAGUGGGCCUAUGAGGGAGAGAGAGUGAUCCACGGGAACCCCUCGGGCGUGGACAACGCUGUCAGCACCUGGGGAGGAGCCCUGCGCUACCAGCAAGGGAAGAUGUCGUCCUUGAAGAGGCUCCCGGCCCUGCAGAUCCUGCUCACUAACACCAAGGUCCCACGAAGUACCAAGGCCCUCGUGGCUGGCGUCAGAAGCAGGCUAAUCAAGUUCCCUGAGAUCGUGGCCCCGAUCCUGACCUCCAUUGACGCCAUAUCCCUGGAGUGUGAGCGCGUGCUGGGGGAGAUGGUGGCGGCCCCGGCCCCGGAACAGUACCUUGUCCUAGAAGAGCUGAUGGACAUGAACCAGCACCACCUGAAUGCCCUCGGUGUGGGCCACGCCUCCCUGGACCAGCUCUGCCAGGUCACAGCAGCCCACGGACUCCACAGCAAGCUGACGGGUGCAGGUGGCGGUGGCUGCGGCAUCACCCUCCUGAAGCCAGGUCUAGAGCGGGCCAACGUGGAGGCUGCCAAGCAGGCCCUGACUGGCUGUGGGUUUGACUGCUGGGAGACCAGCAUUGGAGCACCGGGGGUCUCCAUGCACUCAGCUGCCUCCAUAGACGACCCUGUCCGACAAGCCCUGGGCCUCUGAGGUGACACAACACUUCGGUCCUGCCGAGAAGCCUCUCACUGGAGUAUUCUGGGGCUGGAGUUGGCCUCUGUGCUGGUCAGUGACACCUUUCCUGCGGGCAGCGCCUUCUAGACUCUGAGAGGUGCCACCUCGGUGACCCGUCUGUACGCUGGCAUUUCUGGAGCCAGACAGGCAUCAGUUGUGGGGUCUCCUGAGAUGGCAGGCUGAUACAGGCCUUCGCCUUGGAGUCCUCGUGGGUGCAUCUGCCUGGGCCUAGCCUCCAUCUGCCUCACUCACACUCUGUGGCUCAGGGCCAUGUGCUCUUCCGUCCAGCCAAUCCGAGGCUCCUGAGGAACUGGCUGGCCGGUGGUUUCUGUCUGCCGUCCUCUCCCAGGGAUCACCAGCUGAGGCAAGGCAUGCUGACUGUUGUAUCUCUGUGUGGACUUGUGGGGAAGGUGCCCAUGAGGGAAAUAAAGAGAUCACACAGGCAGACGCUCAGGGCCUGUGGGAAAGCAGGGCUGGUGUA